AUGUCCAACGAUGCCGUGGCUGCUCCCGCGGUCGCAAGCCCAACUGUGGUCGAGGAGCGCAAACCCAUCCACGCUCUUGUGCUGGAUACCGGCCCGUUGAUCAAGAACGACCCUCCUGUCAGCACUCUGCUCGCACAAGCCGAUGAGCUCUACAUGCUGCCCUCAAUUGUCGACGAAAUUCGCGAUGUCAGCACCCGCACUCGAGUACAGACAACCCUCAUGCCUUUCGUCAAACUUCGCAACCCCCGCCCCGAUAGCAUCAAAUUUGUGUCUGACUUUGCGCGCCGGUCCGGUGAUCUCGAGGUUCUCAGCAGACCCGAUUUACACUUGCUUGCCUUGACCUACGAACUCGAGCUUGAGAAGACUGGAGGCGACAAGAACCUGAGGAAACAGCCGGGUGCGCGGACUCCCAAUGACAAGGCACCCAGCGCCGAUGCCCCGGUACCGGGAGCUGAGGUUGGAACCGAGUCACAGGAAGAGCCCGCGACUGAGAGCGCAGAAGUGGCGGAGUGCGCCCAGGUGCCGGAGGGCACAACGAUUGAACAGAGUGCCGAGGAGACACAGACUGAAACUCAGCAGAGCGCGACAGUGGAAGCCUCGUCAUCGGACGCUGAGACGACCCAGAUUACACAAGAUAUGAGCAACCUCGAGGUGGAUGACAAGGCAACAUCCGAGCCGGCUGUAUCAAGCGUUGCUGGCGCCAACGAAGCUCAAGGGGAUGAGUCAGACUCCGAAGACGGCUGGAUCACGCCGUCCAACGUGAAGAAGCAAAAGGAGAAGGACAGCAAAUUGCUGCAGCCGACUGCGCCUGCGAUUGACAUCAAGGUCGGUAUCCUCACCUCUGAUUACGCCAUGCAGAACGUUGCCCUGAGAAUUGGGCUCAAUCUGCUCUCGCCGUCCAUGUCGCGCAUCACCCAACUCAAGACUUGGGUUCUGCGGUGCCACGGGUGCUUCCAGGUCUGCAAGAAAAUGGACCGCCAGUUUUGCCCUAGCUGCGGACAAGCCACUCUGAUUCGCACGUCUUGUACGACGGAAGAGGACGGCACCUUCAAGAUCCACCUGAAGCGCAACUUCCAGUGGAACAACAGAGGCAACGUUUUCAGCAUCCCCAAGCCCUCCGCCGGUACAGCCAGCGGCAAACUUUCCAAAAACGCCGGUGGCAAGAACAACUGGGGUACCAACCUCAUCUUCGCGGAAGACCAAAAGGAGUACGAAAGAGCUGUGGGUGACAAGCAUCGUGCUCGGCGGAGAGAUCUCAUGGACGAGGAUUACCUCCCAAGCAUUCUUACAGGCGACCGCCAAAGCGGUGCUAAUGGCAAGGUACGACUGGGUCCGGGAAGAAACAUUAACGGUCGCAGGAGGAGAUAG